CGGUGUUUGGAAGGAACAAAUGAAGGAGCGGAUAAGUUAGCCGCUACAGUGAAAUAAUCCCCCGAGAGGGGGAUUAAGCUAACCCGUCCUUCCCCCUGGGUCAAAUUUCUGUCCGGAGCUCAUCGAAGGCGUUGGUGGUGUCUCUCGCGUGCCUCUGCCCAGAUCAAGCUCUGUGUUCUUCUUCUUGAAUCUAUGAGUUUGCCUUCUUCUUUCUCUUCUCAUUGAGCAGUUGCGCAGACGGAUGCUACUUUACAGUACCAUGAUGUAAAUGCAGAUUCCGGAUUGCAGGAUUCUGCAGUAAACAUGGUUCAGACCAAGUCGAACACGGGAAUUGCCUCAAAUUGGUCUAGCACAAAAUCAAUCCUAGCAAAGGAAGAGCAUGACCAGAGAAAAGAAAGGAGAAAGCAGUCUAAUAGGGAGUCAGCUAAAAGAUCAAGAUGCCGUAGACAGGAAGAAUGUAGGAAACUACAAGCCAAGGCAGAGGAUCUUGCAAAAGAGACUUCCAACCUUAGAGCUGGAAUAAUGAGGGUUUCUAAGGAAUGUAGGAAACUCAAAAAAGAAAAUAAAUCUAUAAUGAAAGGACUAGAAAAGAUGUAUGGGCCAGAUGCAGUUGGGGAUCUAAAAGCUGAAGAACCUGGUUCUGUUACUGGUGAUGGUGAAAGCAGUAGCGAUGAAAGUGGAAAUGAGACUUUGCAUGGGCCAUAUUUAUGGGCCAUAUUUUGCAUGUAUAUAUAAAUAUAUAAAUAUAUAAAUGUACAACUUUAAUUAGAUGUAAUAAUUUUUUUUUAAUAUAAAUUUAACUUUUAAAA